AUGAUCGCGGAGGAUUGGAUAAUAUCAAAAAAUAUGGAAGAAAGGAAUGUAAUGAUCAGAAGAGCGCAGAGUGCACGCUUAAUUAUUAUAUGUGCAUAUUGCCUGGAUGCAGUAGGAUGUUUUUUUCUCAUUAUUCUACCUCGAUUUGGAAUAUCUAUACGGUUAACUUCCAAUAUUACUGAUCCAGGCAGACUAAUGCCUUUACAAACCCACUAUAUUUACGAUAUAACAAAACGAUUGCAGUACGAAGUAACAUUCAUUAGUCAAUCGAUUUACAUUUUUCUCGCCGUCAUAUCUUAUACUGGAAUCGAUAAUUUUCUCGGACUACUAGUUUUUCAUAUAUCUGGUCAAUUGGACAUUCUCAAGAAUCGUUUGACACGUUUGGAUAAAUAUAUUAAUUCUCAUGACAUAUUAAAGAAUUGCAUUGUUCGACACAUUCGUUUAUUUAGGACCAUUGCUGUUAUUGAAGAUACAUAUAAUAUCAUUCUUCUCUCAUUAUUUAUAUAUUUUGCGAUACUUUUUGCUUUUUACGGUUUUCGUAUAAUUAACCUAUUCGAUGAGGAAAAUAAUUUGUCACUUACUCGAUUAAUGUUCUGCAUAUCUACAAUUUUUAAUUUAUUUGGACAGAUGUGUCUAUAUUGUGCUCUCGGUGAAUUUUUGAUGGCCCAAUAUAACAACGUAUAUUAUGCAGCUUACAAUAAUAAAUGGUAUGCCAUGAAUAAAAAAACUGUACAAAACUUGUUAUUCCUGCAGAUAAGAGGCAAUAAACCAGUUUAUCUCACUGCUGGAAAAAUGUUCCCCAUGACGUUGACCACAUUUUGCGGUUUAAUUAAAACUUCACUUGGAUAUAUAUCCGUUUUGCAUACGAUGAAACGUUAUUAG